CGCAGGAGAUCGGUCGUUUGUGAAAUAUUCAAACCAGCCCAUCUGGCACCAACAUCCAUGCCACAGUCAAAGUCACAGAGAUCACUUUCUUUUUUCUUCAUUCUGAUGUUUGAUGUGACCAUUAACUGCAGCUCCUGAUCUGUAUCUGCAUGAUUUUAUGCAUUGCACUGCUGCCACAGGAUUGGCUGAUUAGAUAACUGCAUGAAUGAGCAGGUGUACAGGUGUUCCUAAUAAAGUGGACAGUGAGGUUAUGUGUGUGAGGGGACUUUUUACAUGAUUAUAGGAUCUUUACCCUUACACUGUAUAUACUGGAUAACAGACCCAAAAAAUGCUGAAUGGGACAUUAGUCAGCAAAAGCUUUGCAACAUGAUGAAAAAAACCAGACAUACUGUAUAUACCUGCCCCUAUCAGUACAUUCCUGUUCCCGCCCCCCUUUUUCCAGUCAGAGGCUCACUAUUCAGUCUUUAUUCUAUAAUUAGCAGUCAAGAAGUUCCAUUACUUCCUUUUCUGAGCAUCCUUAUAAACCAACCAAAGCAGCCUGUUAGUCCCAGAUCCACUCCACUCUCCACUGCCACCUGUGCCAUCAUGCCACUCAGAGCCAACCUGCUGCUGGCAGUAACUGCCCUCUGCUGCUUUCCCACAGUGUUCGCCUUCCCUAUGGAGGGAUUUACCAUGGAUCACCAGUGCCGCUGUUUAAGCACCACAAACAACUACAUCAACUCUCGAUGGUUUCAAAGAAUUGAGAUCUUGCCUGCUGGGUCACACUGCCGCAACAUUGAAAUUAUAAUCACCUUGAAGGACAAAAAAACUGUGUGUGUGGAUCCUGAGGCAAACUGGGUCCAAAAACUCAUCAAUAAAGUCAUUCAAAGCCAAAAACGUGGGCAGAAGUGAGAAGUGCCACCUGUGUAGCCUGAAGAUGACUAAAGUGCACAUGUUCUCUUCACUCAAAAUGAAAAAUGAACUUGGCUUUACGUCAUAAAGAAAAGUUUAUGCUGAUGAAACUUUUUAAAAUUUCUUUUUUUUCUUUUAAAAUGAAACUACCCUGUUGAAAACUGUUUAGAUUGAUAUACUGCAUAAAAGACUACCGUUACAAAGCGAGGCCUGAUUAUAGAAUAUGUGUGACACACAAACAUAUUUGGUCUUUGUGUAUGGGAAAACUUAUUAAACUGUGCUUCAUUAUACCUGCCAUAUGCUAUAACUGAAUAAAUCCUUCUAAAGCAAAUGUAGACUUUGAGAUAUCCUUUUUUAUUGCAUAAUUGCACU